GCAUUCUGGGAUUGGGGUCUCUCCCUUUACCAGGGCUGCUCGUGGCUACUCGCCUGGCGGCUGUGUCCGAGGAUUCCCCGCUUUUCCUCUCCUGGGUCCUGACCCAGGGCCGUGGGAGGGGGUGGUUUCAAUCUCCCAGGGAGAAUUGGAAAGGGAGACCAGAAAUCCUCUCCCCACAUCCAUUCCUCUCUCUGUACCCAAUCUGUGAAUCCAGCUGGCGAGCACUGGCGCUUCUAAACAAUCCUUUGGUUCUUCUUUAUCUCGGACCCUCCUCUUUCUUUGAUUUUUGGUGGCUUCUUUUUGACCUUCGUUUUCUUUAUCCACUUAUUCCCUUCAGCACAGAGCCUCUCUUAUGAUAAUAAGGGCAAUCUUGUUCUUGAGGCUGGCUAAAGCUGGAUGACCCAGGGUGGAUGACCCGUUAUUUAAAAUGUUGUCUUCCUCUUUCAGCGGUUAUAAGGGCGGUGCGUGGCUUCACGAAUCUUUGAGAAACGAAUUAAUUAUUCUUUAAAUAGUGAAGCAGGAGUAUUCCAAACAAUCCCACUUACUUUUUAACCCAGUUUCUGAAAUGAAAAACAUCACAGUCAGUGUCACAACUUCCAGUCACUAUCCCUGUCGUGUGGAUCAAUAACUUGAAACAUGAGCCUUGCACUUAAUGAUUUACUACUUUGCUGUCGGCAAUUGGAAAAUGACAGAGCCACCGAACGAAGGAAAGAAGUUGAGAAAUUUAAGCGUUUGAUCCGAGAUCCUGAAACAGUUCAAUAUUUGGAUCGGCACUCUGAUUCUAGACAAGGAAAAUAUUUGAACUGGGAUGCUGUCUUUAGGUUUCUGCAAAAAUACAUACAGAAAGAAACAGAAUGCCUACGAACAGCAAAAUCAAAUGUAUCAGCUUCAACACAAGCCUCCAGACACAAAAAGAUGCAAGAAAUUAGCAGCUUGGUUAAAUACUUCAUCAAAUGUGCAAAUAAAAGAGCCCCCAGGUUAAAAUGCCAAGAGCUUCUAAAUUAUGUCAUGGACACAGUGAAGGAUUCAUCCAGUGGAGCUACUUAUGGAGCUGAUUAUAGUAAUAUAUUGCUUAAGGACAUUCUUUCAGUGAGGAAAUACUGGUGUGAAAUAUCUCAGCAUCAUUGGUCAGAACUUCUGGCCCUGUAUUGUACAUUGUAUCUCAAGCCAUCUAAAGAUAUUAAUAGAGUUUUAGUGGCUAGAAUAAUUCAAACUGUAACCAGAGGAUGCUGUUCCCAGACGGAUGGAGUAAAUUUAAAGUUUUUUGAUUUUUUUUCAAAGGCCAUGCAGUGUGCAAGGCAGGAAAAGAGCUCUGCGGGCCUGAAUCAUAUUCUAGCUGCCCUUAAUAUCUUUCUCAAGGUCUCUGCUGCAAAUUUUCGUAUGCGAGUUUGCAAGUUAGGGGAAGAAAUCCUUCCUACUCUGCUUUAUAUAUGGUCUCAACAAAGACCAAAUGAUUCUUUGAAGGAUGUGAUUAUUGAGUUAUUUCAUCUGCAAGUUCGUGUUCAUCACCCUAAAGGAGCCAAAACCCAAGAAAAAGGAGCUUAUGAAUCAGCAAAAUGGCAAAGUAUCUUAUAUAACUUAUAUGAUCUCCUGUUGAAUGAGAUAAGUCAUAUAGGAAGCAGAGGAAAAUAUUCUUCUGGAUGUCGAAAUAUUUCUGUCAAGGAAAACUUGGUGGAAUUAAUGGCAGAUGUUUGUCACCAGGUCUUCGGUAAAGAUACCAGAGUCCUAGAGAUUUCUCAGUCUUGUGCCACCACACCAAGAGAUUUUUGUAGUGGCAGUAGAACAAGCAAAAGGAUAAAAAUAGAAUUAGGCUGGGAGGUAAUUAAAGAUUACCUUCAAAAGUCACAAAGCGAUUUUGAUCUUGUGCCAUGGUUACAGAUUGCAACACAGUUAAUAGCCAAGUAUCCUGCGAGUCUUCCUAGUAGUGAGCUUGCACCUUUAUUGAUAAUACUACACCAGCUCCUGUCUCAGCAGCGACGAGGGGAACGUAUUCCAUAUGUGUUAAGAUGCCUCAUCGAACUUGCAUUGUGUCAAGGCAAGAAACUGGAUCUGGAAAACUCACACAAGUCAGAUCUCUUGAAACUCUGGAAUAAAAUUUGGUGCAUUACCUUUCGUAGUAUAAGUUCUGAACAAAUACAAGCUGAAAACUUUGGUUUACUUGCUGCCAUAAUUCAAGGAAGUUUGGUUGAGGUUGACAGAGAACUUUGGAAGAUAUUUAUAGGAUCAGCUUGCAGACCUUCUUGUCCUGCAGUAUGUUGUUUGUCAUUAGCCUUGACCUCCUGCAUAGUUCCAGAGAUGUCAAAAGUACAAAUGGAUCAGAGUGUUUGUGAAGUAAAUCAAAGUUACUCAUUAAAAGAGUUAAUUAUGAAGUGGCUACUGUUCUAUCAGUUAGAAGAUGACAUGGAAGAAAGUACAGAGCUCCCUCCAGUUCUUUGCAGUGAUUUUCCUCAUCUAGCCCUGCAAUCAGUUCUUGUGAGUCUCACCAUGAAGCAUUGUAAAGAGGCAAUGGAUUUUUUCCAGAGUGUAUCUGAAUGUGAGCAGCAGCAAAAAGGCAAAGUGGAGGCCACAUUCUUAGAUGUAGAAGAGCUAUAUCUUCAGACAACUUUUGACCAAAUGGAUUUUUGUACCAAUCUGAUGGACAAUACCUCAGAAAAAAUCCAUCCUAGUAGUAGACUUUCUGUCCAUCAGAAUCUAAAAGAAAAACUUGAUCACUAUCUUCUGGGAUUGUCUGAACGUCUUCUAAAUAAUUAUUCUUCUGAGACUAUUUGGUCAGAAGCUCUUAUCCGAUGUUCUAGUCUUUUGGUGGGUGUUCUUGGAUGCUAUUGUAAUGCAGGGAUAUUAUCUGAAGAAGAUGCCUAUACAUCAAAAUUGUUCCAGAAUGCCAAGUCUCUGAUGCAGUGUGCUGGAAAAUGUAUUACUUUGUUUAAAAGUAAGAUAAAUGAAGAAUCUAAAAUUUGUUCCUUAAGGACUAUGAUGUCGCUUUGUACCAACUACUUGUAUAAUUGUACAAAGCACAAGCCAAAUAAAAUUAUAUCUGGAUUUUUUCUACGUUUGUUAACAUCAAAAUUGAUGAGUGACAUUGUGGACAUUUGCGUGAAUUUAGCAUCCCUUACCAAAAGGCCAUUUGAUUCUGGUGAAAUAGAAUUAAUGGAGGAAGAUAUUGAUGCAAACUUAAUGGAGGUUGAGGAUCAGUCAACCAUAAACCUAUUUGAAUCUGAUGACACUAAUAUUAAUAAUGCAAAUGAAUCUGGAGAGAUACAAAAUGCAUUUGGUGCAAUAAGCCCUCUAGCUGAAGAACAUUUAACAAAGCAGGACCUCCUUCUCCUUGACAUGUUAAAGUUCUUAUGUAUAUGUGUAACUACAGCUCAAUCUCAUAUAGUAUCUUUUAGAGCAUCUGAUAUAAGGAGGGAGUUGUUGAAGUUAAUUGAACCAAGCAUACUGGACGCUUCUAAACCCCUCCACCUACAUAUGUACUUCGUGCUUUUAAAGGAACUCCCAGUUGAAGAUUUUCCUUUGCCAAUGGAAGAAGUUUUUGAACUUUUGAAGCCCCUUUCCAAUGUGUGUUCUUUGUAUCGUCGUGACCAAGAUGUGUGUAGAGCAAUCUUAAAUCACACUCUUCCUAUAAUAACAAAUCUGGGUCAACCUAGUACAGAUAUUGAAAAUACAAGGAAUGCUCAAGGACAGUUUCUUACAGUUGUAGGAGCUUUUUGGCAUUUGACAAAGGAAGGCAAAUGUAUGGCUCCUGUGAGAAUGGCACUAGUCAACUGCUUCAAGGCCUUGCUUGAGGCUGAUCCUUAUUCGAAGUGGGCCGUUCUAAAUGUAAUGGACAAAGACUUACCUGUGAUUGAGGUUCUCCCACAGUUUCUGGCUGACAACCAUCACCAAGUUCGAAUGCUUGCUGCAAAAUCAAUUAACCGAUUAUUUCAGAAUUCAAAACCAGUUGCCAUCCCGAGAUUAUCAAGAGGACUUCCUUUGAAACUCCAGCAAAAAGCUUUUGAAAAUGCAUAUUUGAAAGUCCAGGAAGGAAUGAGAGAAAUGUCACAGAGUUCUGUCAUUGAUGGUGAGCUGCUGGAUGAAACUUAUAAUAGAAAAGCUGCUUUAUUAAUGACAGUAUCCACGAUUUUAUACUGUAGCCCUGUAUGUGAAAAACAGGCUUUGUUUGCCUUGUGCCAGUCUGUGAAAGAAAAUGGAUUAGAACCCCAACUUGUAAAAAAGGUUUUGAAGAGAGUCGCUGACAUUUUUGAGUAUAAACACUUGGAAGACUUCAUGACUUCUCAUCUAGACUAUCUGAUUUUAGAAUGGUUGAAAUUACAAGAUAUUGGAUACAACUUGUCAUCUUUUCCCUUUAUUUUGCUGAAUUACACAGAUAUUACAGAUUUCUACAGGUCUUGCUAUAAGGUUUUAAUUCCACUUUUGGUAAUCAGAAGUCAAUUUGAAGAUGUGAAGUCUAUUGCCGACCAGAUUCAGAAGGAUUGGAAAAGCCUUCUGGCAGAUUGUUUUCCAAAGAUUCUUGUAAAUAUUCUUCCAUAUUUUGCUUUUGAGAGUACAGGGGACAUGGAUAUAUCAGAACGAAGAGAUAUUGCUACUAAAGUUUAUGAUAUGCUUAAGGAUGAAAAUAUCUUAGGGAAGCAGAUUGAUCACUUAUUUAACAGUAAUUUGGCAGAGAUCAUAGUGGAAUUGUUGAUGACAUUACAUGAGCCAGCAGAUAAUGAAGUGGGUGAAAGCACUGACCUCUCUAACUUUUCAGGAGACCUUGAUCCUGCCCCUAAUCCUCCACACUUUCCAUCACACGUGAUCAAAGCAACGUUGGCUUAUAUCAGCAAUUGUCAUAAAACCAAGUGUAAAAGUAUUUUAGACAUUCUUUCUAAAAGCCCAGAUUCCUUCCAGAAAAUUCUUUUAGCCAUAUGUGAACAAGCAGCUGAAACAAAAAAUGUAUAUAAAAAAAAUAGAAUUCUUAGAAUAUAUCAUGUCUUUGUUAGUUUAUUACUGAGAGAAAUAAAAAGUGGCUUGGGUGGAGCAUGGGCUUUUGUUCUUCGAGAUGUAAUUUAUACCUUGAUCCACUAUAUCAAUAAUAGGCCAUCUCACUUCAUGGAUGUUUCAUUGCGCAGCUUCUCACUUUGCUGUGACCUGUUAAGCCAGGUUUGCCAGACAGCAGUAACUUAUUGUAAGGAUGCUUUGGAAAGCCACCUUCAUGUUAUUGUGGGGACAAUUAUACCCUUAGUAAGUGACCAGUUGGAGAUUCAGGAGAAGGUCUUGGAUUUGUUGAAAUACCUAGUGAUAGAUAACAAAGACAAUGAAAAUCUGUAUCACACAAUCAAACUCUUAGAUCCAUUUCCUGAGCAUGAUGCCUUUAAGGAUUUACGAAUCAGUCAGCAGAAAAUCAAAUACAGUAAAGGACCCUUUUCACUCUUGGAGGAAAUUAACCAUUUCCUUUCUGUAAAUAUCUUUGAUUCACUGCCUUUGACUAGACUUGAAGGAUUAAAGGAGCUCCGAAAGCAACUGGAACAACAUAAAGAUCAGAUGAAAGACCUUUUGAAAAAGUCUCAGGACAAUCCACAAGAUGGCAUUAUGGUGAAGCUUACUGUGAGCUUACUGCAGCUAUCCAAGAUGGCAAUAAACCAUACUGGUGAAAAGGAAGUAUUAGAAGCCAUUGGAACUUGCUUGGGAGAAGUGGGUCCUAUAGAUUUUUCUACCAUAGCUAUUCAGCAUGGUAAAGAUGCAUCUUACUCCAAGGCCCUUGACUUAUUUGAGGAUAAAGACCUUCAGUGGACCUUCAUAAUGCUCACAUACCUAAAUAAUGCACUGGUUGAAGAUUGUGUUAAGGUUCGGUCAGCAGCUGUUGCCUGUUUGAAAAAUAUUUUAGCCACAAAAACUGGACAUAAUUUCUGGGAAAUUUAUAAGAAAACAACCGAUCCUAUGCUUAUGUACUUACAACCUUUCAGAACAUCUAGGAAAAAGUUUCUAGAAGUUCCUGGAAUUGACAAAGAAAAUUCUUUGGAAAGCUUGGAUGAUCCAAAUUUGUGGAUUCCUCAUGAAGAAAGCCAUGAUAUUUGGAUCAAGACAUUGACAUGUACACUUUUGAACAGCGGGGGCAUAAAAAGUGAAAUUCUUUUAUUACUAAAGCCGUUGUGUGAAGUAAAAUCUGACUUUUGUCAGUAUGUGCUUCCAUAUUUGAUUCAUGAUAUUUUGCUCCACGAUACAAAUAAGUCUUGGCGAAAUCUCUUAUCUGUACAUAUCCAGGGAUUUUUUACCAACUGUUUCAGAUAUUCCUCACAAUCCAGCCGAUCCACAACUCCUGCAAAUUUAGAUUCAGAAUCAGAAUUUCUGUUUCGAGGAUCUUUGAAUAAAAAAUCAAAACGAACCAUGCUUGCUGUUGUGGACUAUAUGAGAAGGCAAAGAAGACCCUUCUCAGGGACAGUUUUUGAUGACACUUUCUGGCUGGAGUUGAAUUACUUGGAGGUAGCCAUGGUAGCUCAGUCUUGUGCAGCUCAUUUCACAGCAUUAUUAUAUGCAGAAAUUUAUGCGGACAGGAAAAACUUGGACGAUCAACAAAAAAGAGCUGCUUUCUCAGCAAGCAGAAAUCUAACAUUUGAAGAUGGAAGUCAGUGUACAAAUAUUUCUAGUUUAAGUGAGAAAAGUAAAGAAGAAACUGGAAUAAGUUUACAGGAUCUUCUUAUGGAAAUCUAUAGAAGCAUUGGAGAGCCUGAUAGUCUUUAUGGCUGUGGUGGAGGGAAAAUGUUACAGCCCCUUGUUAGGAUAAGAACAUAUGAGCAUGAAGCAAUGUGGGGAAAAGCUCUUGUGACCUAUGACCUCGAGACAACUCUCUCUCCAGUUACCCGCCAGGCAGGAAUAAUAGAGGCUUUGCAGAAUUUUGGACUCUGCCACACUCUGUCCACUUACUUAAAAGGGUUAGAUCAUGAGCACUCAGAAUGGUGUGCUGAGCAACAGGAGCUUUGCUACCAAGCAGCGUGGAGGAAUAUGCAAUGGGAUUACUCCCCAUCUUAUAGAAAAGGAACAGAAGGACCUGGCUACCAUGAGUCAUUGUACAAUGCCCUGCAGUCUUUAAGAGACAAAGAAUUCUCUACAUUCUAUGAAACCCUCAAAUAUGCCAGAGUGAAAGAGGUCGAAGAAUUGUGUAAAGGCAGUCUUGAGUCUGUAUAUUCACUCUACCCCACUCUCAGCAGAUUACAGGCUAUUCAAGAAUUAGAAAAUAUAGGACAACUUUUCUCCAGAUCCAUCACUGAUAAAGAACUCACUGAGGUAUAUGGGAAGUGGCAGAGACAGUCUCAGCUUCUCAAGGAUAGUGAUUUUGGUUUUCAAGAGCCUAUCAUGGCUUUGCGUACAGUCAUUCUAGAAACCCUGAUGGAAAAAGAAACUGAGAAUUCCCAUAAGGAAGGUAUCAAGAAUAUUCUUACCAGUCACCUUGUAGAAUUAUCUGUUUUGGCCCGGACUGCCAAAAACACACAGCUUCCUGAAAGGGCAAUGUUUCAAAUCAAACAGUAUACUUCAGCCAGAUGUGGAAUCUCUGAAUGGCAACUGGAGGAAGCUCAAGUAUUCUGGGCUAAAAAAGAACAAAGCCUUGCCCUAAGUAUUCUCAAACAAAUGAUCAAAAAAUUAGAUGAAACUUUUUCACAGAAUGACCCAAGUCUGAAACUGAUACAUACAGAGUGUUUGAGAGUAUGUGGAAACUGGUUGGCAGAAACUUGCCUAGAAAAUCCCACAGUCAUUAUGCAGAAGUAUCUAGAAAAGGCAGUGGAAGUCACUGGAGGUUUUGAUGGAGAGAGCAGUGAUAAACUUGGGAGUGGAAAGAUGAAGGCUUUCCUAUCAUUGGCACGUUUUUCAGAUACUCAGUAUCAAAGAAUUGAAAACUACAUGAAGUCAUCAGAAUUUGAAAAUAAACAAGCUCUGCUGAAUAAGGCUAAAGAGGAAGUGGGCCUUCUUAGGGAACACAAAGUUCAGACAAACAGGUAUACAGUAAAGGUUCAGAGAGAGCUAGAACUGGAUGAAUGUGCAAUCCGUGCAUUGAGAGAAGAUCGCAAACGCUUCUUGUGUAAAGCAGUUGAGAACUACAUCAGUUGUUUACUUAGUGGCGAAGAAUAUGAUAUGUGGAUAUUUCGACUUUGCUCCCUUUGGCUUGAAAACUCUGUAGUUCCGGGAGUCAAUAGUAUGAUGAAGAAAGAUGGGGUGAAGAUUCCCUCAUAUAAGUUUCUCCCUCUCAUGUACCAGCUGGCUGCUAGAAUGGGAACCAAGAUGAUGGGAGGCCUAGGAUUUCAUGAAGUUCUGAAUAAUCUCAUUGCUAGAAUUUCACUGGAUCAUCCCCAUCAUACUUUGUUUAUUAUAUUAGCAUUAGCAAAUGCAAAUAAAGAUGAACUUCUAACCAAACCAGAAGCAACAAGAAGCAGAAUAACGAAAAAUGCCCCCAAGCAAAUUUCUCAACUGGAUGAGGAUCGAAUGGAGGCUGCAAGCAACAUAAUAAGUAUUAUCAAAAAUGGAAGAGCUAAGAUGGUUAGAAAUGUGGAGGCACUUUGUGAUGCUUAUAUCACACUAGCAAAUAUGGAUGCCAGUCCAUGGAAGACUCAGAGAAAAGGUAUAAAUAUUCCUGCAGACCAACCAAUUAUUAGACUAAAGAAUUUAGACAACGUCGUCGUUCCCACCAUGGAAAUUAAGGUUGACCCUACAGGUGAAUAUGAAAAUCUGGUGACCAUACAAUCAUUCAAGCAGGAGUUUCGUUUAGCAGGAGGCCUGAAUCUACCAAAAAUAAUUGAUUGUGUAGGGUCAGAUGGCAGAGAGAGGAGACAACUUGUCAAGGGACGAGAUGACCUGCGUCAAGAUGCAGUAAUGCAGCAAGUUUUCCAGAUGUGUAAUAUGUUACUCCAGAGAAAUACUGACACAAGAAAAAGAAAAUUGACUAUUUGCACAUAUAAGGUGGUUCCCCUUUCUCAGCGAAGUGGUGUCCUUGAAUGGUGUACAGGGACAGUGCCCAUUGGUGAAUUUCUUGUUAAUAAUGAAGAUGGGGCUCAUAAAAGAUAUCGACCAAAGGAUUUCAGUCCUUAUCAAUGCCAAAAGAAAAUGAUGGACAUGCAGAAAAAAUCUUUUGAAGAAAAGUAUGAAGUCUUCAUGGACAUCUGCCAAAAUUUUCAACCAGUCUUCCGCUACUUUUGCAUGGAAAAAUUUUUGGACCCAGCAGUUUGGUUUGAAAAGCGAUUGGCAUACACUCGCAGUGUGGCCACUUCUUCUAUUGUUGGUUACAUACUUGGACUUGGUGAUCGACAUGUCCAGAAUAUAUUGAUUAAUGAGCAAUCAGCAGAACUUGUGCACAUAGAUUUAGGGGUUGCAUUUGAACAGGGGAAGAUUCUUCCUACUCCAGAAACAGUUCCUUUUAGACUAACCAGAGAUAUUGUGGAUGGAAUGGGCAUCACUGGUGUGGAAGGUGUCUUCAGAAGGUGCUGUGAGAAAACUAUGGAAGUCAUGAGAAAUUCUCAGGAAACUCUCUUAACCAUUGUUGAGGUGCUACUCUAUGAUCCUCUCUUUGACUGGACCAUGAAUCCCUUGAAAGCUUUGUAUUUACAGCAGAGGCCAGAGGAUGAGACUGAACUUAAUUCUACUCUUAAUACACAAGAUCAGGAGUGUAACAGAAGUCUCAGUCGUAUUGACCAGAGUUUCAACAAAGUGGCUGAACGUGUUCUAAUGAGGCUACAGGAGAAGCUGAAAGGGGUAGAGGAAGGAACAGUGCUCAGUGUGGGUGGACAAGUGAAUUUGCUCAUCCAGCAAGCAAUGGAUCCGAAAAAUCUCAGCCGUCUUUUUCCUGGAUGGAAAGCUUGGGUAUAAUCUUUGGAAUGUGAAAAUUGGAAUUGAAAUAAUAAUCUUGGCCUUUUUUCCCCUAAAAAAAUUUUUACUUUGAAACUGACUAGUUAAGAAAUAUGUAAGCCUUAGAUAAUGGUAUACAUUUUUUUUUCAUUAAAAAGAUGGUCCAGAGGUUUUGCAUAACAGUCCUGAGGAAUAUUUCUUUGUAUUUUGGUUGGAAAUUGGUCUAUCUCAGAGAUCCUUUCAUUGAAAUAAAUGAUCUAUUUAAGUAUAGACAUCUAUUAAGUGUUUUAAAUCCAGUGAAUAUUAUUUUAGAUUCUGAUUAUAGAUUUUUUUCCUCACUUGCCAUUACUAUAUUAAGUAAAUAUAUCUCUAGAGAGGAAUAGCUAAGAUAGUGAGGGCACUGAAAAUCAUAUCAUUUGUAAGCAAGGAGUGAUCUAGAUCAUAAUAGUGAUCUAGAGUUAACUGAAGGGCUAGAAUAUGCAGGGUUAGAUUUAAUAUUGCUAGAACCAAUAGAUGGAAAUUUUAGAAUGCUAGGUUUCAGCUUAAAUAUAGGAAAGAAAAUAACUUUUUAUUUUCAAAGGCUAUUAAUUUUUUUCACAAAUGGGCCCAUCUCCACAGAACUUUUUAGUGUAAUAAUGAAAAAACAGAAUUUUCAAGCAUAAGCUGAUUGACAAAUGAUUUGUGAACUCAUUCAUUGAAUGAUCUUAGAAUUCAAAUUAAUCACAUGGAUUUUUAGAAAAUUGCCUUUCACAAUGUAUAUUUGUGUUGUUCUAUAAUGAAAUCUAAAGGAACAAUUAUUGAAUUGUAUUUCUUUAGCAAAAUAAGUGUAAUAUAAAAAAAGCUGUUUGCUUAAUACUUUUAGUAAGCUAAAAUUAUUUUUAUAUAGAAAGAACUUUUUAAAAAUCCUGUUACUUAGUCUUAGAUGAACAAAAUUACUAUAUACAAAUUUGAAAUGGGCUGACUGUAAAGGAGUUAAUUUACAUGAGAUAUUGACACCAUCUUCUGUAGUAGAAAACUAGUCAUUUAAAAUGGUUUAAUUUUGCUUAUCUAUAGAAUAGAAUUUAAGGCUGUUAAUGUUUAUAAACUAUUUUCAAAAGGAAAAUAUCCAACUACUCAAAAUGGGAUAUUUUAAUGACUUUUUUUUUAGUAAUACCAUUACAUAUUAUUGGUAAACUGCCACCAUGUUGUUAUACUUCUCACAUUUCAUGGUCAUAUUAUGUGAAAACUAGAAGGUAGUAGUUUUCCUUUCUUUAGACCAAACAAAAUAGGUAAAAGUUAUAGUGAAUUCUCAAAGUUGCCUUUAAAAAUUUUUUUAUUUAGGGACAAUCUGGGUAAAGGAGUUUAAAAGAGAUGAUUAGAUUUUAAUGUGUGUUGCUGACAGUAUGUACACCCUCAUUAAGAAUUUUUGGUUACCUUUGGUAUCUGUUACUCUAAUAUUCUAUAGUAGGUAUGUAUCAGAGAUACUCUACUUUGUUACAGAAGUUUGGGACUUUGCCAUUUUAGUAAGAAAAAUAUUAAUGGUUUUGAAUCCUCUAUCAGUAAGUACACAUAAGUGCACAUACCAAGAACACUCAGAAAAUAAGAAAUUGAGAUUGGGGAUGAUUUUUCAUAUUUAUUAGAGACUAAUAUCAUGUUUCUCAGUUUUUUUCAAGAGAGGCAGUAAACAAGGGACAACAAGUCAGGAAUAGUAGAGGCAGAACCUAACCAAAGAAAAAUAUUAUUUGUAUAUUUGUUAUUAGCCUCUUAAAGGGCUCAUUAUCAACAAGAAUCCAUAGAUCAGGUACAUGAAGAUAUAUCCAUAUUAACUAUAUGAAGGAACAAGUCAAGUGCAAAGCCAUAAUUUUUUUAACCUCUUGUGAGAAAAAUUACUCAGUUACAUUAUGUAUUUGCUUGUUUGAUAUAUGUGCACUUUGAAAUGCUGAAGACUAAAAAAACUUUAAUUUUGGUCAUACAAUGAAUUUUCACAUGUAUUUAAAGGAUUAUAAUUUUUUCACUGCCAUAGGUCAGUCUACUGUGCAACUAAAAUUAUUAUUAUACAUAUCUCUCUAUAUUCAAAAUUAGCCAAUUGUUUCUUAAUAAGGUAGGAAACAAUUGGCUAAUUUUGAAUAUUGUUCAAUAUUGAAUAGUUUUCUACCUUAUUAAGGAAACAAUUGGCUAAUUUUGAAUAUAGAGAGAUAUGUAUAAUAAUAAUUUUAGUUGCACCUUAAUAAAAUUAUAUAUUUCUGUAGAAUUAUUGUUACUUGUACAAUUUUUCAUUAAGAUGUUAAGUACAAUGGACCAUUUCAAUAAAAAUAGAGGUAUAAACAAUAUUAAAGACUCAUACAUUGGAA